UUUAAAUGUCUGAGGAAGGAGAUAAAGGUCCAGAAUAUAUCUUUGUUACUGAAGCAGGAGAGACUAGCAACUCUAGUCGGGAUUACAACGGAUAUGCCACUGCUACCUACACUAAUGGAGAGAUUUAUGAAGGACAUUAUACUGAUGGAAUCAGAGAAGGCGAUGGUACCUACAGAUACCUUAAUGGCAACAUUUAUACAGGGAAAUGGAGAGAAAAUCGGAAGCACGGCAUAGGAAAAAUGACUUAUAGCGGUAAAGGAGAAUACAACGGAUUCUGGGAAAAUGGCAGAAGACAUGGAGAAGGUGUCUUCAAGUAUCCUAAUGGAGAUACCUACUCAGGAUGGUGGAGAUUCGGAGUUAAAGAAGGUGCAGGAACUUAUAUUUUUGCAGAAAGCGGCAUGAAAAUGAUCGGAGACUGGAAAGAAGGCACCAUUGAAACUGGGAAAUGGGUCUACCCCAAUGGCAUGUUUUAUCAAGGAGGAUUCCAAAAUAAUAAGCCUAAUGGAGAUGGAGAGUGGCAUUUUCCAAAUGGAAAUGUCUCCAAGAAGAACGAUGAAGAUGAUGAUGUUGAAGAAGGUGAAGGUAAAGACGAAAUCGCUCUACAAUGGCAAUCAGACACACACAUUGCUGAAUCAUCUGAAGGAAUCGGAGCAUAAUUAGCCAUA